AUGUUCGAUCCUCUCGCCCUGCUCUCCGACGGCGAGGCCAGCGCAGAAGAAGAACCUGGGGCUACAGCCGCUGAUCGCGCGGAUCAUGCAAAUAAUGAGCCAGCCAGCGCCUCGUCGAAACGAAAGCUCGGAAGCAUCGCUUUCGAUGACCUGGAGAGUGCGGGCUACAAGCCAGCCGACCUGCUGACGUCGGCGUCGUACCUCCACGAUGCUGCGGGGCAGGAGGGUCGGAAACCGAAGCGGCACGCUCGGGCUGCUGAAGAAGCUGUCCAUGAGAAGGAGGAGGCUGAUGACAAUAUUUAA